CAGCUGGUAUUUGUCUGAAAUUUGCAAUGGCAUUACGUGUUUUUUUACGAUUUGCCUCUGAAACUUAUUAUUGCAAUACACGAUGAAAUCAAAAUUAUCAACAAUCGCUUGUUCUAACGUUUUAUCAGUGAGUUUGCGUCGUUUAAAUCACAGCAACCAUGUUAUUCUUAGGUAGAUCUACCAAAACAGAAACCAUGAAGUGUGCUUGGAAACAGCAAAUUGAGAUGAAUAUCCUCUUGGAUCGAUGUAAAACUGUGGUAAUUUUAUCUAGCAUUGUGUGUAUGUUUGCGGCUGUCAUAACGUUGCACAAGAUCCUUAGCCAUGAUGUGAAACUUAUCAAACCGUUUGCGCCCAUACCAGCUGGAUUAUACGGAAACUAUCUUGAGCCCUUUGUUGGAGAGCCUCCGCCUUCUCAGCCUAAAACAUACGACAAAGCGCGAGAUGCGGAAGCUGUUGUCUCUUUAAACGCAGCUCUGGACAUGAAAAAACACGGCAAAACUGAUAAAGCAUUAAAACUAUUUCAACAUGCAUUUGCACUGUCACCGAAACACGCUGAUAUACUCAAUCACUAUGGAGAGUUUUUGGAAGAUACCAAAAAGGAUAUAGUGAAAGCCGACCAACUAUACACUCUAGCCUUAACAAAUUAUCCAGAUCACAGUGGAGCACUGACAAACAGGCAGCGAACAGCAAGCAUUGUUGAGAAUUUAGAUCGCGAAAUGUUACGAAAAAUUGAUGAAAAGCGAGACGCGCUGCUAUCAAUACCAGAAAAUGAUUCUGCUUUAUGUAGAGCUAAGAAAGAAGCAUAUUUCCAACACAUAUACCAUACUGUUGGUAUUGAAGGCAACACUAUGACGCUACAACAAACCAGAAGCAUUUUAGAGACAAAAAUAGCAGUAGCCGGUAAAAGCAUUGAUGAACACAAUGAGAUAUUGGGUCUGGAUGCUGCAAUGAAGUAUAUAAAUGCUACAUUAUUAUAUAGAAUGCGAGACAUUACUAUGGGAGAUAUAUUGGAGAUCCAUAAGAGAGUCCUGGGGCAUGUAGACCCAGUGGAAGGGGGGCAUUUUAGAAGGACACAGGUGUAUGUUGGAGGUCACAUACCUCCAGGGCCUUUGGAGAUACAAGGUCUGAUGACACAGUUCUUGGAAUGGCUUAAUUCUGAAGACGCAUUAGAGCUACAUCCUGUGAGAUAUGCAGCUCUAGCACACUAUAAGCUAGUCCACAUUCACCCAUUCAUAGAUGGCAAUGGCCGAACCUCUCGCCUGCUGAUGAAUCUACUGCUAAUGCAGGCUGGCUAUCCACCAGUGAUUAUUGCCAAACAGCAUCGCCACUUGUACUAUCAGCACUUGCAAACUGCCAACGAGGGAGAUGUGAGACCUUUUGUCAGAUUCAUAGCGCAGAGUACAGAGAGGACAUUGAACCUAUACCUGUGGGCUACAAGUGAGUACAGUCACAUGGUCCCCGCCAUCGGUGAGCCGCACAUACUGACCGGAGAAGGAUUUGAAGAUCUGUUGUAACUACACUCAUAUUAUAAAACGUAAAGCAUAUCAACCCUAAAAGUGUGAAAUUAUACGUUAAAUUGGCAGUGUAAGGUUACGAUUACAUUUUAAAGGAUUUAUGAUUAAUUUUAAUGGGGCCUUUUAGGAGGACCGACAUUAUCCUUGUGUAUGAAGGUUUACAAUACUAAUACAUAUUAUUUAUUUCUAAUCUGGAACAUUUAACAAAAUAUGAUAUCCUUUUUCCUUUUAUGGCCUUAUCUUUUUAAUUUUAUGGCCGGAUUUACCACUUGCUCAUAAUGUCCUAAUAAAAUUUUGACGUUUAUGUCCAUAGAUAAUUUCUCAUUUUAACUCCCAAAUACAGUCUUAACAGAACAUAAUUAUAACUAUUCUUUUAUAAGGUUAUUCAUAUUAACUUUCCAUAUGCGAAGUGUCAUUCUUUAAUAGCAUCACAAAAAAAAAAGUUAUGUACCUAUUGUCAAUCUCCAACGUUUUUGGCGGUAAAAAAUCGAGAACUAAUUAAUUAGUGAAAAUUUAUUUAGUAAAGUAGUAAUAAUUUAUAAGUUGGUUCAUAAUUUAACCACUCUUGUCAAGUUGGUAUCACAUUUGAAGUGGAUUUUUAUUUAUGCAGUAAAUUAGUAUUAUUUUCCUUGACUGGCCAAAACUAUGUUCCGCGGGCAGGCAUCAUCAUGAUAUAGUCAGGGUUUGUAACUUAUUCAGUAUUUGAUAAUAUAUUUCUGAACUUUACUCAAAAGUGUAUAAGCGAUUUAUAAUAAUCGCUUAUUAUUUUCUUAUAUUAUAAGACAUCGGUUUGUUAAGUUACAUUCAUUUUGAGUUUUGACUCUGAAUUUCUUUGUGCACUAUCUCACCGAUUGUAUUACAAAUUACUGUUACUAUUCUAUAGCUUUACUAAGAAUGUGGUAGGUGUGUAAAUAUUGUAUAAUUGUAUAGUUCUGUACUACUACUCUUAUUGGUAAAUUUGCUGUGAUGAUUUAUUUAUUACAUGUCUUACUUAAUAAGUGUAAUAAUAUAUUUUUUUAAUUUGUUACUUACAUUUAAUUUGUUAUACCUGUAAAAUUAAUUUAUUUUUCAUUCAAAAAAAGCGCAUUUAUUAUAGUACAGCCAUCAUGUCAUGAAUCAAAUAUCGUCUUCCAUUUGUAAAACUGAUCAUUUCCAUACUUUUGUAGUACAAAAUCAGUGUGUCUUAAUAAAUUAUUGCAAAUUUAAUA